UCUCAGUCGUCGUCGUCUCCACCGUGAAACGUAACUAACUCCGGUCAAGUUGAUGCAAUUGGUAUCAAGGAGUAGCAAGCAAUAGAGCAGAGCUCCCUAACAAAAAAGAAUGGCACUUUCUAAACCAUCCCCUGUGCUUUCUUUUCUUUCAAUAUUGGCCUUAUUUUUUUCACUUUACACCAUAACACCAACUUCUUCAGCUUCCCUGCAAGACCAAUUCAUCAACUGUCUUCACAGAAACACUCAUGUUUAUUUCCCACUCGAAAACACGUUUUUCGCACCAGCGAAAAAUGUCUCUAUGUUCAGCCAAGUUCUUGAAUCCACAGCUCAGAAUCUCCGGUUCUUGACAAAAUCCAUGCCUAAACCAGGAUUCAUAUUCAAACCUCUCGACGAGUCUCAAGUCCAAGCUUCUAUAAUCUGUUCCAAGAAACUCGGAAUUCAUUUCCGUGUCAGAAGUGGCGGUCACGACUACGAGGGCUUGUCUUAUGUCUCAGAGAUGGAAAGACCGUUUAUAGUGAUGGACCUGUCGAAACUGAGACAGAUCAACAUCAACAUUAAAGACAAUAGUGCUUGGGUUCAAGCUGGUGCUACAGUUGGUGAACUUUAUUACAAGAUUGCAGAGAAGAGCAGAGUACAUGGGUUUCCGGCAGGUUUGUGCUCGAGCUUAGGCAUCGGUGGACAUUUAACAGGCGGUGCAUACGGUUCCAUGAUGAGGAAAUACGGUCUUGGUGCAGAUAAUGUUCUAGACGCAAAGAUCGUUGAUGCUAACGGUAAAGUACUCAACCGAAAAGCAAUGGGAGAUGAUACAUUUUGGGCGAUUAGAGGAGGUGCAGGAGGGAGUUUUGGCAUAAUUCUUGCAUGGAAAAUCAAGCUUGUUCCUGUUCCAAAGACUGUAACCGUUUUCACCGUCACCAAAACGUUACAACAAGACGCAGGCAACAAGAUUCUUUCAAAGUGGCAAAUGGUCGCGGACAAGCUUGUUGAUGAGCUAUUCAUCAGAGUGAUCUUCAACGUAGCUGGAAACAACGGGAACAAGACCGCGACGACGUCGUACAAUGCUGUGUUUCUUGGAAACAAAGGCGCGUUGAUGAAUGUUAUGAAGAAGAGCUUCCCGGAGCUAGGUCUAACACCUAAAGAUUGCAUCGAAAUGAGCUGGCUCGAAUCUAUUGUUUACAUCUCUGGAUUCUCUAGCCGCACUCCUACUCAUGUUUUGCUUCAAGGGAAGUCUCCUUUCCCAAAGAUCAACUUCAAAGCCAAAUCCGAUUUCGUCAAGAAGCCGAUUCCUGAAUCAGGGCUUAAAGGGAUCUUUCAAAAGUUGCUUAAAGAAGACAUACCAAUGAUGAUAUGGAAUCCUUACGGAGGAAUGAUGGCGAGAAUCCCUGAGUCACAAAUCCCUUUUCCGCAUAGAAAAGGAGUCAUCUUCAAGAUUCAGUACGUAACGAGUUGGCCAGACAGUGACAAGAGACCGAGCAGACACAUCAACUGGAUCAGAGAUCUCUACAGUUUCAUGACGCCCUAUGUCUCAAGCAAUCCACGACAAUCCUACGUGAACUACAGAGAUCUAGACCUGGGAAAGAACAAGAAAACCGCCAUGUCAAGCAUCAAGCAAGCUCAAGUCUGGGGAGCUAAGUACUUCAAAGGCAACUUCAACAGAUUGAUGAAGAUUAAAUCAAAGGUUGAUCCAGAGAACUUCUUCAGACACGAGCAGAGUAUCCCACCUUUGCCGGUUCGAGACUAAAUCUCAAGAAAUUAUCAAAUAUGAAUAAACCUGCAGAAGAAAUCAGAUAAUGGUUCUUCUGUAUUUCAGAAAAUGUUGUUAGUUAAUAAUAUUAAGCAUGUUUGUAGUACUUUCUUUAACCUAAACAUGUCAGCCAAGUUGUUUUUUUUUUUUUUAGUUUUUGCUAUGCUCUGUUUUUCCUAAUUUUAGGUGGUCUGUCUUGAACUCUUAUAUAUAUAUAUAUAUAUGUAUGUUUGAUUAAUAAGAAAGAAACAUAAAAUCUGUGUC